AUGCUGCUUCUUGCGAUUCAGUUUCUUCUUCUCCAUGGCGCAUCUGCCUUUCCUGCGGCGCAGAAUGUCGCUUCUUGUGACCAUGAUGAUUUGUAUACGUCGCUCUCGAGAGAUGGCGGGGACUUUUGUUCGAGUAUGAUAAGAACGCCCUGCGAGGUGUCGUCGACUCCGACGCAGUUUACGACGUAUUCCUCGGCCAAGUUGUCUUCAUAUUGUGCCUGUCUUGUGACGACCAGCACGUCGUAUGGAACAGCUGUUACUGGUUCCCCGGCUGGCCAAUCCAAUGGUACUGGGCCAUAUACUUCAUGGCCGAGAUCUGAGAAUGGGGAUGAUGAGGGCGCGUCGAAGACCAAUAGCGACGAUGACCAGGCCACAGAAACCGCUAAUGGCUCCGGGGCUCGAUCAACUACUCAGUCAGGCAUUGCUGGUUCAGACACUGGAUCAAUGACGGGACAAGUAACGCGCACGUCGAAAGACGCUUCUCAAGGGACGUCGGCGUCUAACUCUGGCGAUGACGGUUCCAACUCUCACGACCCUGCAAACGGCGGUUCCGGAGGAGCAACAAACUCUGGAGGAGGACAUGCUUCUACUACUGGUGCAAGUGGACAGUCAUCUAAUGGCACAUCUAAUGCCCAGAGCUCAGACACGCGGAUACCGAGCUUCACUUAUACUGAAUCCAUGCCUGUAAUGACCUCUGGGGAUGCAUCUGGCACCGCUGCUUGGAACAGCCCAGUCAAAUCUUCUCAAUGGGGCACCGGAGCUGGAAACCCUCCAUCUGCUACAUCUGGAGUAAUUUCAGGCGGCUUCAACAGCAGCACCAUCAGUCAUAUUGUCAACGCAACGCAGACAGGCCCGCCUCCUCUACCUGCUGCAAACUUCACCCAGGUUACUCGAACGGGCGCCAUUGUCAAGCCAACGUGCUAUCAGAUGCCUGUGCCACAAGGCGGAUCGACACGAAGAGCACUGCUUCACAAUACAAACCUCAGAGAGCAGAAUGCUACUAUCCCAUUCCCAUACAUUGAGUCUGUAGACUUCCAGACAGACGGUGUUGAUCCUUUGUAUCUUACGUUGCGAGAUGCUGCCGAAGGGACCCAUUACAUCGAUGUUUCCAACCGCAGUUACAUCGCCAUUGUGGACUCCCUUUACAACGCCAUGAUCAUUGACGCAAAGGGCAUCCAUUUUUCAACCAAGAAGUGCGAGUAUGAUGUUUCCAUUACAAUUGACUCCAUGUAUCAACAACUUGCUGCGCUGUCUGGGCAAGUCUGUUCGACGGGCAGUCAGCAACGGAAGCGAAUGAAUGAUGCAGACUUUAAUCAGACUCUGUAUCUUCGAGACCAGUGCAAUAAUCCGAUCAAGCAAACUGUGCGGCAAUAUCCAUCGCUCAAGGUUGGAGAAUCAAACUGCAACAGCAUCGAAGUCGAUGAAGACACCGGCCGAUGGCUUUUUGACUGUACAUUCCCCGGCUCGGAUUCGGGUACAAUGAGAUGUGAAUGGGCUGUCAGGAAUGACAUUGAAGAGUUUCUCUUUACGGACCCCUUUGGCGGUGCCUGUCCCGACUUGUCCACCGUCAUCACAACUCUGGAAGCCAACGGCCAGGACUUUAUCAACCCAGAAUCUCUUCGCACGGAGCUCUACAACCAGGGCCUCGACGAUGCGCAAAAAGCAGAAGCCAACCUCAUGGUCAUCUACUACGAUCAACUCUGGGAGAUCCUGAAGCAGGCCUUCUCCAAGCUUCGCACGCAGCCACCCGGCAAGGCGAGCGCCAUCCAAGAGUACAUCGACGUGUACAACCACUACCGCAACUUUGAGGACGACAUCUGCGAGGAUCUCCACGCCGGGGACAUGCCCCUGAAGAUGAGCCUCCGCGCAGGCGUAACCACCAUCGACGCCCUCGCGAGACUCAACUGGGCGCCCGAGAACCCGAAGCCGUUCAACGUCACGGUCCAGGAUCCAUCCCAGCUCGCGUGCUGCAGCCCCGGAAGCGACGCCAAGAAGGACGAGACCAACGGCACGUGUGCGUAUCCCGUCAGCGCUCACCUGGGCGAUACGGGCUGCGUCUGCGGAAAGACGGCCUCGGGAGCGUCUGUGGCGUUUGAGAUUACCGAGUGCGACAACUUUGUGAGUGAGUGUGAGAAGGAUGAUGACUGUUCCAGGGCUGGACACCCGACAUUUAUUUGUCUGACUGGGAGUUGCUGUGGAGGCGGAGUUUGUGCUGAUCCGUACGAGUGUGCGCAGAAUGGGUCUGCCUUGGUGAGGCCGAGUCUCUUCUUUUGA